UUAAUUUAAUUUUUUUUAAUUUUUUUUUUAUUAAUAUUUUAAUUUAUAUAUUUAUUUUUUUAAAUAAAGAUAAACUUUAAAAUAUUUGUGCUGUGUAUAAAUAAUUUAUUUAAAUAAAUACUAAUAAUAACCAUUAAAAAAAAUAAUAAUAAUAGUAAUAAUAUAAUACAAAGAAAGUAUUUUUAAAGAAUAUAGCAAAUAAAUUAUUAAAAAAAAAUGAACAGUAAUAGUAGAUCUAAACAAGAAAGCAGACAAUCACAAUAUAAAAAGAGUAUUGACGCAGAUGAAUCACGUAGAAAGAGAGAAGAAGCUUCACUUAGUAUUAGAAAGAAUAAACGUGAGGAAAGUUUAUUGAAGAAAAGAAAUCAACUUACUUCAUCUGGUCCAGUUAAAGUUGAAUCAUCAAUCAAUCAAAAAUUAGAACAACUUCCAACUUUAGUCCAAGAAAUUAAUUCUGACAAUCCAGAGCUUAUCUUAAAAGCAACUACAGCAUUCAGAAAAUUGCUUUCAAUUGAAAAAUCUCCACCAAUUGAAGAAGUUAUUAGAACUGGUAUUGUACCAAGAUUAGUUAAAUUUUUAUAUACCCAAGAUUUCCCACAUCUUCAAUUUGAAGCUGCAUGGGCUUUAACAAAUAUUGCAUCUGGUACACCAGAACAAACUAGAGUUGUUAUUGAUAACGGAGCUAUUCAAGUUUUUGUUUUAUUAUUAAAUUCACCACAUGAUGAUGUUAAAGAACAAGCAGUAUGGGCUUUGGGUAAUAUUGCAGGUGAUUCACAUUAUUGCAGAGAUUUAGUAUUAAACCACAAUGCACUUCCACCACUUUUACAACUUUUACAAAACUUAAAUACUAUUAAAGUUAGUAUGGUUAGAAAUGCUACAUGGACUUUAAGUAACUUUUGCAGAGGCAAACCACAACCACCAUUUGACAUUGUUCGUGCAGCACUUCCAGUUUUAGCUAAAUUAAUUUACUACCAAGAUGAAGAAGUUUUAAUUGACGCUUGUUGGGCUCUCUCAUAUCUUUCAGAUGGUUCAAAUGAAAGAAUUCAAGAAGUUAUUGAUGCUAAAGUUUGUCGUAAAAUGGUAGAGCUUUUAGGUCACCCAGCCAUCGCUGUUCAAACCCCAGCUCUUCGUACAAUUGGUAAUAUCGUUACUGGUGAUGAUAAUCAAACUCAAGUUGUUUUAACCUGUAAUGCUCUUUCACAUCUCCUUGUUCUUCUUCAAAGCCCAAAGAGAGCCAUCAGAAAAGAAGCUUGUUGGACCAUUAGUAAUAUUACUGCUGGUGACAAAAACCAAAUCCAACAAGUUAUCGAUGCCAAUAUUAUUCCAACUUUAGUUUUCCUCUUAUUAAAUGCCGAGUUUGAAAUCCAAAAAGAAGCUGCUUGGGCCAUCUCUAACGCCACUUCAUGCGGUACCCCACAACAAAUUCAUUACCUCGUCAGUCAAGGCUGUGUUAAACCAUUAUGCGAUUUAUUAAGAGUUUCAGAUCCACGUAUUAUAAAUGUUGCCUUAGAAGGUAUUGAAAAUAUUUUAGCUGCUGGUAAAAAGGAAGCUGAUCAAACUGGUGUCAAUCCAUUCAUUAAGAUUGUUGUAGAUGCUGAUGGUGAUAAUAAAAUCUAUGAAUUACAAAACCAUACAAAUAAAGACACCUAUGAAAAGGUCAAUCGUAUCAUUUCCUCAUACUUUGAUGAAGAAGAUGAUCUUGGAGAUAUGUCAACUGAUAAUGGUCAAACAAUUUCAUUUGCUGGCUCAGAAAAUAGAAAUUACAAUUUUUAAAAUAUAUAAUCAAACAAAUAAUAAUAAUAACCAAAUAAUAAUAUGAAAUAAUAGCAAUAAUAUAAAUAAUAGUUUGAAUCAUAACACCAAAAAAAAAAAAAAAAAAAAAAAUAGAAAAUGACAAUAAUUGCUCAAUCUGACUCUUACUAUAACCUUACUUAUCACUACUACUACUACUACGCCACUCACAUAUAAAUACAUUCACUCACACAUAUAUAAUAGUCACCACAUCCACAUUUUUCACUCACAACAAAUAUAAUCUUUCUCUUUUUCGUUCUAUCAACAUAUUUAUUUAACUUAUAAAUAUGACAUUCAACACACAUUUUUUUUUUUUUCAAUCAAAAAAAAUUCAAAAAAAAAAAGAUCUCACACGUCCGAUUCUAAUAUAUUAAAUAAACAUAAUAUAUUUUUUUAAAAUAUAAACAUAAAUAUACCUUGUCUCAUUUCAUUUACUCAUUAUUGUGCGGUUUUUUAAUAACAUGACUUCAUAUAAUUUUAAAUGUACAUUUUUUUUUUACUUUAACUUUACUUUUACUUAACUACUCUUACUUUAUAUUUAACCCUUUUUAUUUAAAGCUUUAGAUUAAUUUUUUUUUAGGAUACUUUUAAAUUUACUAACAUUUUUUCUUUUUAUAAUCC